UUUGCUAAACCUUGGCCACGAAAUCUGGACUUGUCUUCAUAUAACAAUGCAUAGAUUCCUGUUUAUAGGAUUGCGUUGUACUUUAUGAAUCCCUAAUCUCUGCCAUUACAUACUAUGAAACAAGAAAGGUAAAAAAGAAAAAACAGAGCAAUGUAUUACAAUACACUAUUAGACGUUAUUGUAUCAAAUAAAACAAAGUCCAUCCCAUGUGCUAGUGAACUUAAAAAAAUAUUUUAGGGAGGAAAUGGCAGGAAAAUAGUUUUGAAAUUUAGAUAUUUUUCUGGGGGGGGCCACCCCAGACCCGUGGAAGAUUUGGUCCCCCCCAAUGUUGACUCCAUGGCUACGGCCUUGCAUUGACGCGCUAGUUUCUCUACCCCCCCCCCCUCCUCUAUUUAAGGCCUCAACACAGAGGCGUUGUUUCUCUGUGUGCCUAUGUGUGUCUCUCUGUGUGUCUCUGUGUCAUCUCUCUCUGUGUGUCUAUGUGUGUCUCUCUCUCGGUGUGUCUCUCUGUCAUCUCUCUCUGUGUGUCUAUGUGUGUGUCUCUCUCUCUGUCAUCUCUCUGUGUGUCUGUGUGUGUCUCUGUGUCAUCUCUCUCUGUGUGUCUAUGUGUGUGUGUCUCUCUCUCUGUGUCUUUCUGUCAUCUCUCUCUGUGUGUCUAUAUGUCUCUCUCUCUGUGUGUCUAUAUGUGUCUCUCUCUGUGUGUCUUUGUGUCAUCUCUCUCUGCUUAUGUGUCUGUCUAUGUGUCUCCGUGUCUCUCUCUCAAAUUGAGCAAUCUUUGGAAGAAAGUUAUCAACCAGGUAGGGUGUUGACUGUUAUGUUAGAUGACUCUAAGUUUAAUAGGUUUUUUUUUCAUUUGUACCUGAUGAUGAUUGCUUGUGUUGCAGUUGAAACGUCGUAUGCUAUUAUAUAAUGUAUUUAUUUAUUCUACGUGACUUUACCGAAAGAACCAAAGAGUAUCUUGCUUAAGUUUUAAUUUCCCUUCACCUGGCUCGCUACUUUGUAACUUUGUUUUGUUUUAAAUAUUCAGUUUUUUCCAUUUUUUACCAGGCCACGCUCGCUUGAGCUGCUGUACCGCUCUUGUUUCCAGAAGCGACCUGCCCACAACAACAACAACAAGCUGUCGCUGCCUCUGCAGAAGUGGUCUGAUGGAGCAAAGGCAGUCGGUGCGGCUCGGUGCAAAAAGGCAUCAAUGCGACCGGUGUGCAUACAGCACGGAUUGUCCUGCACAUUUGACACAGCACCAGAGAACUCACACGGGAGAGAAACCCUUCAAGUGCAGUGUGUGUGGGAAGGCGUUUGCACAGUCAUCUAAUCUUGUAGCACACCAGAGAACACACACGGGAGAGAAACCCUUCAAGUGUAGUGUGUGUGGGAAGGCGUUUGCACAGUCAUCUGCUCUUGUAGGACACCAGAGAACACACACGGGAGAAAAACCCUUCAAGUGCAGUGUGUGUGGGAAGACGUUUGCAGAGUCAUCUACUCAUGUAAUACACCAGAGAACACACAGGGGAGAAAAACCCUUCAAGUGCAGUGUCUGUGGGAAAGCGUUUGCACAUUCCACGUCUCUUAUAACACACCAGAGAACACACACGGGAGAGAAACCCUUCAAGUGCAGUGUGUGUGGGAAGUCGUUUAUAAAUGCAUCUCCUCUUAUAGCACACCAGAGAACACACACGGAAGAGAAACCCUUCAAGUGCAUUCCGUGCGGGAAGGCCACGGAUCGUCCUGAACAUUUGACACGGCACCAGAGAACUCACACAGGAGAGAAACCCUUCAAGUGCAGUGUGUGUGGGAAGGCGUUUGCACAGUCAUCUAAUCUUGUAGCACACCAGAGAACACACAUGGGAGAGAAACCCUUCAAGUGCAGUGUGUGUGGGAAGGCGUUUGCACAGUCAUCUACUCUUGUAAAACACCAGAGAACACACACGGGAGAGAAACCCUUCAAGUGCAGUGUGUGUGGGAAGGCGUUUGCACGUUCAUCUGCUCUUGUAGCACACCAGAGAACACAUAUGGGAGAGAAACCCUUCAAGUGUAGUGUGUGUGGGAAGACGUUUGCACUUUUAGCUCAUCUUGUAGCACACCAGAGAACACACACGGGAGAAAAACCCUUCAAGUGCAGUAUGUGUGGGAAGGCUUUUGCACAGUCAUCUACUCUUGUAAAACACCAGAGAACACACACGGGAGAGAAACCCUUCAAGUGCAGUGUGUGUGGGAAGACGUUUGCACAGUCAUCUGCUCUUGUAACACACAAGAGAACACACACGGGAGAGAAACCCUUCAAGUGCAGUGUGUGUGGGAAGGCGUUUGCACGUUCAUCUGCUCUUGUAGCACACCAGAGAACACAUAUGGGAGAGAAACCCUUCAAGUGCAGUGUGUGUGGGAAGACGUUGGCACUUUUAGCUCAUCUUGUAGCACACCAGAGAACACACACGGGAGAAAAACCCUUCAAGUGCAGUGUGUGUGGGAAGGCUUUUGCACAGUCAUCUACUCUUGUAAAACACCAGAGAACACACACGGGAGAGAAACCCUUCAAGUGCAGUGUGUGUGGGAAGGCGUUUGCACAGUCAUCUGCUCUUGUAACACACAAGAGAACACACACGGGAGAGAAACCCUUCAAGUGCAGUGUGUGUGGGAAGGCGUUUGCACGUUCAUCUGCUCUUGUAGCACACCAGAGAACACAUAUGGGAGAGAAACCCUUCAAGUGCAGUGUGUGUGGGAAGACGUUUGCACUUUCAGCUCAUCUUGUAGCACACCAGAGAACACACACGGGAGAAAAACCCUUCAAGUGCAGUGUGUGUGGGAAGGCUUUUGCACAGUCAUCUACUCUUGUAAAACACCAGAGAACACACACGGUAGAGAAACCCUUCAAGUGCAGUGUGUGUGGGAAGGCGUUUGCACAGUCAUCUGCUCUUGUAACACACAAUAGAACACACAUGGGAGAGAAACCCUUCAAGUGCAGUGUGUGUGGGAAGGCGUUUGCACGUUCAUCUGCUCUUGUAGCACACCAGAGAACACACACGGGAGAGAAACCCUUCAAGUGCGGUGUGCGUGGGAAGGCGUUUGCAUGGUCACCACAUCUUCAAAGACACCAGAGAUCACACAAGCAGCAGAAGAUCCACCUGGAGUGGAGUGUGAAAUCAGCUUGUGAAAGUCAAAGUGCUGCAAUGAGCCCAUCCCUCAUCAAACAAGAACCGGAAGAAAAUCCCAGCUUGGACACUUUUACAGGUAACGAGGUGAAAUAUGAAGAGGUGAAAUGUGAAAAUGUGAUGGUGAAGAAGUGAAGGUAAAAUGUGAAGAUGAAGAUUCAACUCCCAAAUGGGAUCUUCACAUCGAUGGAGACAACGUGAAGCAGGAGGAGAAUUCUGACUGAGGCAGAGCGAGGCAACUCCCAGCAGUUUGUGGAAGUGGAGGUGUGGGUGGACUUCCUCCGAGACAAUACAAAGUCAAAUGGAGACCCGGGAGAUGCGUAAGCCUUAGACCAGUGGUUCUUAACCUGCGUUCGAUCGAACCCCAGGGGUUCGGUGAGUCCGUCUCAGGGGUUCGGCGGAGUUUAAGACACACACCUGACUCAUGAUUGUGCACCAGUAAAACAUGUACCUAUGUUUUGAAUUUGAAAAAAUAAUUUUAUUUUUCCAAUUAAGAAGGGUUCUGUGAAUGCGCAUAUGAAACUGGUGGGGUUCAGUACCUCCAACAAGGUUAAGAACCACUGCCUUAGACGAUGCCGCUCCAAUAGAUGCACCUUUGUCGCAGGCCUUUAAUGACAAGAAUGUGAAGUUGAACACUCAGUUCCUAGGUUCAACCUGCAGGGUAAGAGCGGCCAGUCUUUGUGGACCUGUGUGUUGGGUAGAUCUCUAACCAGGAGCGAGAGCCAAUAAGCUCCCAAGCAUUCACUGUUAACAAUUGCAUUUAUAUUGUGCUUGCUUAAUUGCCUCGGCAAUUCGUAGUUUUGUAUCGUUUCUCGUCUCAAACACUCGAAGAGCAUCCCCAAGUGGCAGCUGCCCCUGUGUGGCACAAGGUGGUGGCCCUGCACCGGCCUGCAUGUGGACAAGAGCCUGUCAGUAGGGGGCGAUGGUUGAUGUGGCAUCUCAGUUGUGGAGUUUGUAGGUAAUGUUUAGAAUUUGCUCAAUUUUGACCCAGACGCCAGCAUGCAAUGGCCGACUCGUUUUGAAUGGUGCAUUAGUAUGUUGUACAUACACUGUUAAGCAGACGGUGCGUAUUUUUUUAUUAGCUUCUUGUUAAUAGGAUGUAACCUGAUGCAGUAUAUUUCAGUGCAGUUAUUCAAUUUUGUUAAUAUGCCUGUCACUAAUUUAGAAUGAAUACUUGUCUGAUUGCGUGCGUACAUGUAACCUUUUGUCUAUAAGGGUCAAACAUUGAAUAAGUCAUGUUAGGACAAAGUGUGUGUUUUUCAAGUAACCUGUACAGAUCACUCAGGUGAGACUCGUAGUUCUUGUGAUACAGAUAGAAGGGUAAAGAACCAAUUAUCAUAUUUUUACUGGCAAAUGAGGUUCCCAUAGUGUAGAUGCUUGCCCCGAGCUCUCAUACUCUGAUGGUGCAUUGUCCUUGAGUUGUGCGCCUUUUGGCGUCAUUUGGUCCAACCCAUAUGAGACUAGGUUCCAAGGAAAGCUGUCUCGGGUGUGGACCAAUCAACUUCAAGGACAGUGCACAUUAUCAGAGUUAUGUUCUUUUGUUUGUAUUAUGACUGCAGUUAUUGCGGUCUAUGCAAACAUGACUCCUUGUAAAAAGGUGUCAGUAUUGUUGCCAGAUAGAAGGGUAAAGAACCAAUUAUCAUAUUUUUACUGGCAAAUGAGGUUCCCAUAGUGUAGAUGCUUGCCCCGAGCUCUCAUACUCUGAUGGUGCAUUGUCCUUGAGUUGUGCGCCUUUUGGCGUCAUUUGGUCCAACCCAUAUGAGACUAGGCUCCAAAGAAAGCUGUCUCGGGUGUGGACCAAUCAACUUCAAGGACAGUGCACAUUAUCAGAGUUAUGUUCUUUUGUUUGUAUUAUGACUGCAGGUAUUGCGGUCUAUGCAAACAUGACUCCUUGUAAAAAGGUGUCAGUAUUGUUGCCAGAUAGAAGGGUAAAGAACCAAUUAUCAUAUUUUUACUGGCAAAUGAGGUUCCCAUAGGUCAAAGGGUACUUUUGUGUUUUAGGAAGCAUCUCCCUCUGGAGCAACUCAUUGUCUUUGAAAUAGGGAGCACACUCGGAUCAUUCAUCUGUUACAAGGCAUACCACUCAAAAGUUACACGUAGAGGAGAUACAUUCUCAACAACACGAAUUAUAAUUUUGUAUUACGUGUUGACGUAGAUUUUGUCGAAUUAGGACGAGAAAUGGUCCUUGCCGAUUAACGUCUGGAUGUUGACAACCAUGGGUUGAAGCAAGCCUGACCGCCUGCGGUGCCCCUCACAACCAUUUACGGCCUUGGGCCAGGAAAGUCACGAAAAAAUUGCACGCGAACGACGCAUCCACGCAAACUCCCGAUGCUCCGUUUUGAAGUUUUAAAAUGAAACAACUUUGAAUUGUAUUAUGUUUUGAAUUGUGUUUCUUCAAUAAAAGCUUAUAUCAUUUUA